AUGGAGAACGCAUCUUUUGUUCUGCGCGAUAUUAAGGACGUGGCCAUUGAAGACCGCCCCAAGCCUGUCAUCCAGAACCCUCACGAUGUGAUUGUUCAUGUUGCUCAAACUGGAAUUUGCGGUAGUGAUGUUCACUACUGGCAACGUGGCCGUAUUGGGGACUAUGUCCUCACAGGCCCUAUGGUCCUCGGUCACGAAUCUUCCGGUGUGGUCACCCAGGUCGGUGAGAAGGUCACGCACCUUAAAGCCGGUGAUCGCGUUGCUAUGGAACCUGGCGUUCCUUGUCGCCGCUGUGAUUACUGCCGCAAGGGUUCGUACCACCUUUGUGGUGAUAUGAUCUUCGCCGCCACUCCCCCAUGGGACGGAACCCUCGCCAAAUACUACCGUAACGCCUCCGACUUCUGUUACAAGGUGCCCAACAACAUGGAUCUAGAGGAGGCUGCUAUGGUUGAGCCUGUUUCCGUUGCUGUGGCUAUCUGUAAGACUGCUGAUCUGCGUGCUCACCAGACCGUGUUGGUUUUGGGAUGUGGCCCGAUCGGUGUUCUCUGUCAGGCUGUUGCGAAGGCGUGGGGCGCAAAAACUGUUAUUGGCGUCGACGUUGUGCAGUCGAGGCUGGAUGUCGCCAAUUUAUAUGGUGUUGAUCACACAUUCCUACCCCCAUUCCCAGAGCGGGGCGCCAAUGUCGACCCUAUGGUGCACGCCGAAAACGUGGCCAGUAUCAUGAAGGAGCGAUUUAACAUUGGUGAUGGGUUUGACACGGUUCUUGAAUGCUCGGGCGCUGAGCCCUGUGUUCAACUUGGUCUCUUCGCCGCUAAACGCGGUGCCACAUUUGUCCAAGCCGGUAUGGGUAAGGAAGUCAUUCAAUUCCCUAUUACCGCUGUUUGCACGCGUGGUUUAAUCAUUAAGGGUUCUAUCCGCUACUUGGCCGGAUGCUACCCAGCGGCUAUUGACCUGAUCUCCAGUGGCCAGGUGGACGUCAAGCGAUUGAUCACCAACCGCUACAAGUUCGAAGAAGCUGAGCAAGCCUUUGAGCUUGUCAAAGCUGGAAGACAGGAUGUGUUCAAAGUUAUGAUUGCUGGUGUUGGGUUCUAA